AGCCGCGCAGAAGGAAGCAGGCUAAAUGAGGUCUGCCUACCUGAGAGCUAACGCCAGCCUGAGAGCCUAGCUAACGCCAGCCUGCUGCACAGCAGGUAAACAGCACAGCUCACGUGCUGCUGGAUGCUCGGUAAUUACUCCAACACGCUCAGCAGCUGCUGAUGGAGCACAUCCGGCUACCAAAGGUGGAGAAUGUGAGGUUGCUGGAUAAAGUCUCACCCGGGAGGAGCAGAGUGGGCAUCCUUUAUCUGACAGCCACACACAGCAUCUUCGUGGAGAGUGACACAGGACUGCGCAGUGAAACAUGGGUGCUUCACAGUUUGGUGUGCAGCGUGGAGAAGCAGACCACCACCUCCUCAGGAUGCCCUCUGCUUGUUCGCUGUAAGAACUUCCAAGUUCUGCUCUUCAGCAUCCCCAGAGAACCAGACUGCCAUGAUGUUUACCUGUCUCUGCAGCGUCUCUCCCACCCUGAGAGGUUUGUGGAGCUGUACUGCUUCUCCUACAAGCCUAACAUUGUUGAAGAGGAGAGACGGCAGGAUUGGGCCUUCAUGGAUCUCAAAGCCAAUUACAGCAGGAUGGGACUUCCAAACUCUCUGUGGAAGCUGUCCUCCAUCAACCAACACUACAAGGUGAGCAGCUCUUACCCUGCUGACCUGUUCGUGCCAGAGUCUGCAACUCCUCCAGUCGUAGUGGGCAGCUCCAAGUUCAGAAGCAGAGGCAGGUUUCCAGCCUUGUCAUAUUACUCGAAAGAAAAUCAUGCUGCCAUCUGCCGCAGCAGCCAGCCUCUGUCGGGUUUUAGCGCUCGCUGCAUGGAGGAUGAGCAGAUGCUCGAGGCCAUCUUAAGGUCCAACCCCCGCAGUGACUUCAUGUAUGUGGUGGACACCAGGCCUAAGCUGAAUGCUAUUGCGAAUCGAGCAGCAGGAAAAGGCUACGAAAUCGAAGACAACUACUCCAACAUAAAGUUCCAGUUUAUGGGGAUUGAGAACAUCCACGUCAUGAGAAACAGCCAACAGAAAGUUCUAGAACUGUGCGAGCUGCGAUCCCCCUCCAUGUCCGACUUCCUGGAGGGUUUGGAGAGCUCGGGCUGGCUGAAGCACAUCAAAGCCAUCCUGGAUGCAGGCAUCUUCAUCUCCAAGGCUAUAGCAGAGGAAGGUGUCAGUGUUCUGGUCCAUUGUUCAGACGGGUGGGACCGUACGGCCCAGGUGUGCUCGGUGGCCUGUGUGCUGCUCGAUCCAUUCUACAGAACCCUCAAAGGACUCAUGGUACUUAUUGAGAAAGACUGGGUUUCGUUUGGACAUAAGUUUUCUCACAGAUGCGACCACUUGGCUGGAGAUCCUAAAGAGGUGUCUCCUAUCAUCGACCAGUUCCUGGAGUGUGUGUGGCAGCUGAUGGAGCAGUUCCCUUGUGCAUUUGAAUUCAACGAGAGGUUCCUCAUCACCAUCCACAGCCACAUUUACUCCUGCCAGUUUGGUAACUUCAUUGGCAACAGCCAGCGAGAGAGGAGAGAGCUGAGAGUUGGAGAGCGGACCCACUCCUUGUGGAGGUACCUGUGGACAAACUGUGCAGACUUCAUCAACCCCCUCUACAGGCCAGACCACAGCCAGACUCAAGGACUCCUCCGACCCUCUACCGCCCCCUACUGUUUCAAAUUUUGGAAAGGUCUGUACAACCGCUUUGACCGUGGCAUGCACCCACGACAGUCUGUGGAGGACUACCUUAGGGCCAUCCAGGAGGAGACGCAGCAGCUGGAGGAGCAGCUGGCCUCACACAAGCAGAAGAUCAGCCAGCUGGAGAAGGAACAGACUUGGAGUGUUUCCUGGAAGACUUCCCCCUCUGAAAAGAGCCCUGAUGUGUGGGCUCUGGGUAGCGACCUUACUGGGGUCAACACUCCUCAGGACUACAUCGGAGGUUUCUUCAGCAGCAGCAGCCCGCGCACACCCAAAGCUCCAGACGACAGCUCGUUCUUCCAGCCUCCGGACUCCAAACAAACAGCCAACCCCGUCUGCUCCAAUGGCAGCGACCAGGAGUCCGGCAUCGCAGACCUGAGCUGCCACUCGCCGCUCAGCGAGGACAACUCCAGGAAUCAGACCUCGGACGGACUGGGCUACUCUGCUGCCCAAGUAAUCCCCAGCAACCAGAUUACUUAAAGUCUCAUUCUGGUUUACUCCUCUGGUGGACUUUUGUUUCCACAAACACAGUUGUAGCUGAUCAUAAGUAUUUUAGAAAUCAGUUGUGAUUUCCCAAAGACUUCCACAAGUGAUAAACCUGUCUGCUGCUGUAGAUUGUAGUUUUCCAUGAAGUUAUUAUUUUAAGCAUUAUUCUUUGUUUAUUAUAUAAACCGUCUCGGCUAUGUUCGGUGUGACUGAUACAUUUCUGUGCUCUAGCGUACGACGCUGGUUCGAUCCCGGCGGUCUGUAGCAGAUCUGGCCUGACUGACUUGACUUGGCUGAAAUUCUCUUCGUGUGUUUUUUAGGAUUCCGUUUAGUAUUCAGGUAAAUGUGCAGCAGCGCUCACUUUUUACUGAGAUUUGAAGAGCAAGUCACCCCCAAAUCAACAGGGCUGCAUGGUGGCGAAGUGGUUAGCACUGUUGCCUCGCAGCACGAAGGUUGCAGGUUCGAAGCUCGGCUGCGGCCUUUCUGCGUGGAGUUGCGUGUUCUCCCCAUGAAUGCGUGGGUUUCCUCCGGGUACUCAGGUUUCCCCCACAGAUCACAACAUGCCCUAUAGAGCUCCGGGAGUUGACGUCACGUUUCCCGGCAUGCAACAGUUCAAAUCGAAACGGCGCCAUAUUGGCAGGCAGAAGCCGGCUGCUGGACUAUUUGUUAUUGUCAGAAAACUCAAUCAAACGGGAAAUAUGGUAGAUUCCUGUUGUGCCCCAGGAUGCAGAACAGACGCGGACGACAUAAGGAAUGAGUCAUCUACAGGAUUCCCCAAGAUCCGGAGCGCCGCAAACGUUGGAUCAUUGUAAUAAAACGCGCUAGUGACCGGGCUAAAAUGAAGCUGUGGGAUCCCGAGAGUAAAGGAUUUCGCUUAUGCAGCGACCGCUUCAUAUCAGGUACUUAAACCAACGUUUCCUCAACUGUGUGUGGUAUUUAUUUUAAAUGCUUUUAUUACGAUUCUUAGUGGGCUUCCUAAACUUAUUUUGGCGGGGCUUUUUCUGUCUUAUUACUCACAGCAGCAAGUAAACAUCACGUAAAACGUUGCCUCGUGAGUUCUGCGUGCUGCCGUUUCCGUGUUUUAUGAUCACAGCAAUUAACCGGCUAUGCUGUAUUUAAUUUUUAAGCAAUGGUUGAUCAAUUGUCAGAUCACACAUAAAAAGCACUUUGGAUUGCUAUUAUCUGUCUCACCGAGACUACUUACGUGUAAAUCUGUUAUUUGUCCGUCCAUCCAUCCAUUUUCAUCCGCGUAUCCGGAGUCGGCUUGCGGGGGCAGUAGCGU